GGUUACACACCUUAUCCGAUUUGAGUCACCACUCAGCUCCAUGAGCUCUAAAAUCACAAAACGCUUUAUAAACAGUUAUGGACAUCCCUAAGCUCUACCCACGAUAUACGGUCUCUACCAUCGUGGACUAGAUGCUGACCAGGCACUUGGCAAACCGCCAUGAACACCAACCCUUGGCGACAACGAACUUUGGACGACGAGCAUACAGUUGCUGACAACGCAGUCAGCAAUCCACCAUGAGGACCGACCGUUGGCAACAUCGAAGCCCCGAGCGACCGCGUGUCAAUGCCCCUGGAACGGCAACGGUCACCAAUACUUCGAUCGACGCAAUCCAGGCCAACAUCAUCCGAUGGCCUUUCGCUGAUGCCAGCAAGAUUCUCAUCGAGCCCCACCGGAGGACGCAGGUGCGCCCUCAGCCCAGGUGGUCGAAGGCAGUCAGUUAGUAGGAAACCUUGAGUGCGAGCAGUUAGAAGUUCUAAGUGAAGUCUGAUAGAAAAGUGUGGCCUUCAGCCGUAGGAAAACUUAUGUAGCAAGUUCUAAGUGAAGUCUGAUAGAAAAGUGUGGCCUUCAGCCGUAGGAAAGACUUAUGUAGCAAGUGAAAAAUGAAUGAUUAAUAAAAUUCGGGACUUAGUGUUCAUAAGUGAAGAAAAAGAUUUCUUUUUAAAAAGUCAGAUGUGAAGUCCCGUACAUUUGUGGCGCAGUCGUACGGAACACUCUACGUGCAGUGCUAGUUUUUGGAAGACAAUCUAGUGACAAAACCCGAUCCGUGGUAAUUGGACAGUAGUGCGAAAACCGAAAAUUAGUGUCGAAUUGACGACAUCGGACGUGCCGGUAACCAAGGACUAAAAGUGUAACUGACUUGCGCAGGAUUCAGCAUUAAGUAGACGCUUAGCCCAAUCCGUGGCGAAGCAAGAAACUAGUGACUAUCUCCAGCGAUCAUCAGGAACCAGGCUCUUGGAAACCAUCCCUCAACCCGUAGGUGAUUUGCGCCGCCCGACACGAAAACUGCAUCGGUGGGUUUCAACCCUUUAAGAGUGUCGAACCCUCGAAGAUGACACACAAACACCCGAUACUUUUUUGUCUUACAAUUAUGAUGUUUUUCAAUCCUAUUUACUCUGCUUACUUGGAAAUCCUUGAACUUAAUGAAAAUCCCGGUAUAGUUGCGUUCAAGACUAAUUCAGUCUUUAUAAAAGAAGGAUCUCACACACUAUUCCAUAGAUUUAAUUUAUUAUCCUUUACCGUCGUUCUCAAGCAGUAUGAAUCCAUUAUUUUGAGCAUUGAAGAAAACCCAAAGAUAGCAGAACUAGUUAAAAUUCUUAAACAAAAGCAGAGUCAGGCUUAUUUUAUCCUUGAAAAUUUAACCGCUAGAAGUAGAAAAACAAAACGAUCUCUUAAUUUUCUUGGGUCUACCUUAAAAAUGAUUACAGGGAAUCUCGAUAAUGAAGAUUUGUUAAAAAUAGAAAACCAACUUGAAAUUCUUAAAAAUUCAAAUAACCUUUUAGUAACAGAGAAUAAUGAACAAAUUCAAAUUAAUAAAUUGUUUGAGGAAAGGAUUAACAAUAUUACUAAACAAGCUUAUAAACAGUCUAGGGAAAUAGAUAGCAUCAUUAAACAGACAAGACUGAGCUUAGACAGACCUGUCGAAUGGGAACAUCUCCUGCACCUACACAACAUCAUCUUCAACAUCGACAUGAUCAACCAGCAGCUGUCUACAAUUUUCGAGGCCAUUCAGUUGUCCAAGUUGGGUUUAAUUUCAAAGGCUUUCUUACAACCAUCAGAGCUAGAAUUUGCAACGAAUCUGUUGGAGUCACAAGGCGUUGUGAUUAACAGCUAUGACCAAGUUUAUGAGUUUUUGCAACCCAUAGCAUUCCACAAUAACUCAGACAUAAUCCUACUCAUAAAAAUUCCUAAAUUCAGGCAAGGAGAAUUUGUGCAACUCCAAAUAGAAGCCAUUCCACGACAGUUUAAAAUCAUACCGAUAAAUGCAACAAAAGCCAUUGUUGGUAACAAUGAGUCUUACCUAAUUUCCCAUCCAUGCAUGAACAUCGAGCAUAGCAUCAUCUGCGACGUCCAGAACUUGUUUAACACUUCAAAUGACGGAUGCUUACAUGAGUUACUAAGAGGAAAUACGGGUAACUGUACCUUCAUUAGAUCUCCAAUGAAACCUGACACAAAGGAAAUCGAGAAUCUCGGACUGUUAGUUAAAAACUCUGUUGAUCCGACUUCGAUGCAAAACAGUUGUGGAUAUGGUCCGAGGAAUUUAACAGGAACGUUUUUCAUAUCAUUUAGAGAUUGUUCCAUCACCCUCAACGGAAAAACCUUUACCAGCAAAACAUUCAGAGGAGAAUCCAGACCUGUCAUCUUACCCCUACAUUCAGUAAGCGUAGAUGAGUCACAGACAGAACCAGAAUCCAUUGACUAUAUGGAACAACUGCAUAUUAGGAAUCGUCAUAAGCUGGAGCACUUAGAAACAGCAAACAAAAGGACUAAAGUGCUCAACAUAGUAGGAAUAGUUCUCAUCACAUGCUUCGUAGCAGUAAUUUUCGCUUUUCCUACGAGAGAAGUUCGUAAACUCAAAAUGAAGCUGACAAUACGGAUCCCUGCAAACAAUGCGUUGGAAAGCUCUCAAACAAUAUUGAACCGAGACGGUUCAAACUAAGGCGGGGGAAGUUAUGGACAUCCCUAAGCUCUACCCACGAUAUACGGUCUCUACCAUCGUGGACUAGAUGCUGACCAGGUACUUGGCAAACCGCCAUGAACACCAACCCUUGGCGACAACGAACUUUGGACGACGAGCAUACAGUUGCUGACAACGCAGUCAGCAAUCCACCAUGAGGACCGACCGUUGGCAACAUCGAAGCCCCGAGCGACCGCGUGUCAAUGCCCCUGGAACGGCAACGGUCACCAAUACUUCGAUCGACGCAAUCCAGGCCAACAUCAUCCGAUGGCCUUUCGCUGAUGCCAGCAAGAUUCUCAUCGAGCCCCACCGGAGGACGCAGGUGCGCCCUCAGCCCAGGUGGUCGAAGCCAGUCAGUUAGUAGGAAACCUUGAGUGCGAGCAGUUAGAAGUUCUAAGUGAAGUCUGAUAGAAAAGUGUGGCCUUCAGCCGUAGGAAAACUUAUGUAGCAAGUUCUAAGUGAAGUCUGAUAGAAAAGUGUGGCCUUCAGCCGUAGGAAAGACUUAUGUAGCAAGUGAAA